AUGAAGCCUCUUAACCAAUUCCGAGACAAUGUCCGCCGUCAAUUCCACGACUUCCGACAUGCCUUCAGCAGCUGGCCGGCUUUUGUCAAGUACGUCGAGACCAAACCCGAUGCCACCAGCAACACCGCCGUCUCUCGCAACCGGUGGAUCAACGAGGACCUCGAUGUCAGCCCCAAGAGCCACCAGACGUGGAGCUGGUACGACUACGCCGCCUUCUGGUGGUCCUACGGCUUCUCGCCGGGCUGCUGGUACCUCGGGGCUGCAUUGCUGGCCAUCGGACUGACGCCAGGUCAAGCGCUGGGCUGUCUGUUCCUGGGCUUCUGCUUCGGGUCCCUGGGGAUCGUGAUGCAUUCGCGCGCCGCCGCCGCCUACCACUUCGGCUUCCCUGUCGAGACGCGCCUGGUCUGGGGUCUUCGGGGCGCCUACUUCCCCGUCUUGAUCCGGGCGCUUUGUGCGCUCGUCUGGGCCGGCGUCACCAUCGCGCAGGGCGGAUACUUCACCGCGGUGGUGCUGCGGUGCAUCUUUGGCAACAGUUAUUGGAACAUGCCCAACCACAUCCCCAAGAGCUCGAACAUCACCGUGCAGCAACUCAUCGGAAUGCUUGUCUACUGGGUCAUGACAUGCUGGACGCUCAAUGUCCCCAUCCCCAAACUCCGACGAGCAUAUGAAGUUCAAAUGAUUGUUCUUCCCGCCGUCAUCAUCGGCCUUUUCGCUUUCUGCAUGGUGACCGGACGAGGACACGCACACAAGGAACUUUACGACGUUGAAAGCAAGCACGGAGCAGCGCUGUCGUGGGCAUUGCUUUCGGCCGUCAACUCUGGACUGGCCAAAACGACCACGCUCAUGGUAAACCAGCCGGACAUUGCACGCUACGCUCGCAGCAAGAUGGCCCCGGUGUGGUCGCAGCUCGUCAUGUUCCCCGUGGCCAGCACCGUCUGCGCGGCCAUGGGCAUCUACGCCACCCAGAACAUCUACAAUGCCUGGGGCAACAUUGACUGGAAUCCAUGGGACCUCAACCACGACAUGCUAGACCACCAGUUCAGCCACUCGCGCCGGGCCGGCAUCGCCAUCAUCAACCUGGCCUUCAUCUUCGGCAACGCGCUGACCGAGCUGGGCGCCAACGUGAUCCCCUUCGGCGCCGACUUCAUGUCCCUCUUCCCCCGGUGGCUCAACAUCAAACGCGGCAUGUGGCUCUGCUACAUCCUGGGCGUGUGCAUCUGCCCCUGGCAGAUCCUGGCCACCGCGACCGCCUUCCUCAAGUUCCUCAACGGCUACAGCAUCUUCCUCGGCCCCUUCCUGGGCAUGGCCCUGACGGACUACCUGGUCGUGCGGAGGGGCAACGUCUUUGUGCCGGAGCUGUACCGCGCCAAGGGCCGGUACUGGUAUUUCCACGGCGUGGCCUGGCGGCCCGUCGUGACGUGGUUGGGUUCGGUGGUUUUUAUGCUCCCCGGCUUCGCCCAAACGUUCAACGCCCAAGUCGUCCACGGCGCGGGCUGGACCCACCUGUACGCCUUCAGCUGGUUCUACACCUGCACCAUCAGCAGCGUCGUGUACUUUGCGCUGUCGUUCGUGGGGGGGUCGUACGCGCGGGAGGAGAGGCGCAUGCCGUUCGAGAGCUUGGCCGGAGUUGCCGGCGGUGUUGAAGAGGGUCAGGCGGUCGAAGAAGAGAGAGGGAGUGGGAGUGAUGUCUCGGAAGUGAAUUUUAGUGUCGAGCAGAAGGUUUAG